CGAUCGUAGAUCGGCCACCGUCUUUGCAGUUGUCACCAGUAAAGGAAUGAUGUCUUAGUUAAAGGUACUCAGCCCAUCCAGAUAUUUAAGAUACAUGGCAAUAUGUCCUCUGGCAUACAGCUUUUGGAAUAAAUGAGCCAUGAGUUGGUUUCGAAAAGGGAGUGGCCGCCCAGAUGCUGGCAUUGGGGUAACGGCUGUGGAGAAACCUUUGGGGUCAGGAAACAACUCUCCUGGGGACACAGACCCUGACACCUGCUUGGAAGUCUUUAAGAUUCACUGGAAGCAGGCCCUGAACAUCAUCCAGCCUCAGACCUUGGAGCUGGGGACUGAAGGAAAGGUGAAGCCGAGUCUGCAAUCUGAUGAUGUAGAAACGGUUAUACACAAUGUUGAGCAGAUGGUCUAUCUGAUUGUCUCAGAGAACAGUGCCAAUGGCAUGCCAGGCACCAUCCUGCUCUACCUGCUAGAGCAUGAGAUCCUGGAGAAGUUCUCCACCUGGUGCUCAGAGGUUAUAGACUACGGAGAACGGUUAAAAAUUGAACAGUUAAAAAUGUAUGAAAUGCUCAUCAGCCAAUCAAAGCAACUUUUACUCAUUCACAAACCAAUCAUUCACCCUCUGCUGAAGCUUUUGGGUCAGUGUGCAGAAUCCCUGGAGCAGUACAGAUCCAGGGACUUGGAGCGUCGCAUGGUACUGGUGCUACACCAGCUUUGUAUCUGUCUCUCCCAACAGACUCUCAUUCUGGAGAGUUUCUUCCUCUCCGACGCUGACCACGGUCCGGCAAAGUUCCUCAUCUUCUCUCUGUUGAUCCCGUACGUCCAUCGUGAGGGUACAGUCGGCCAGGAAGCUCGAGACGCCCUCCUGCUCAUCAUGGCGCUCUCAGCCAAACAUGACAACAUAGGAAGAUAUGUUGCAGAGAACUCCCAUUUCUGUCCGGUGCUUGCGACAGGCCUCAGCGGUCUGUACUCAUCACUGCCACGCAAGCUAAACAUCCCAUCGGAUGACUGGCAUCAACUGUCACCAGAAGACAUCAGCCAGAUGCCUGACCUGCAGAUGUUUCUCUACUCUCUGGAGUUCUGUAAUGCUGUUGCCCAGGUGGCCCACUCCCUAGUGCGGGAUCAGCUCAUCAGUUACAUCUACAAUGGUUUCUUGGUCCCUGUCCUAGGCCCAGCCCUACAUCAGGAUGUAGCAGGGGUUCCACUGCCACUGCUAGAGUCCAGGUUAUUUGUGAAUUCGCGUGACGAGAUCAUCGCAGCCACUGCGUACCUGGAGCUCUUUCUCCGCAGGAUCACAGAGCCAGCACUCCUCCGUGCCUUUCUUAAGUUCGUCAUAGUGGGCAAGUAUGAUGAGAUCACUGUCCUCGACUCGUUUAUCGCUCGGAUCAACACCAACUCAAGGCUGUGUGUGUCAUCCUUGUCUCUUUUCAAAACCCUGGUGGAGCUCAACUGCGAGGAUGUCAUGUUUCAGCUUGUCUUCAGGUAUCUAAUACCUUGUACCCAUGUGAUGGUAAGCCAAAGGAGAGCAGUGAAGGAGCUAGACUUGUACAGCAAGUCAGCGGAGAAGUUUCUGUCACUGCAGCCCUCAUGCUGUCUGACAGAGGAUGGGGAUUGCUCAGGUUCGGCCAGCCCUAAACUUGGCCAGACCAGUUUACCAGCUUUUAACCAGUCGUCAGAUGGUGUGUUUGACAGCCCUUUCCUGCCUGUCAAUCAUAGCUCUCAGUCGUCUGACUCCGCCCUUGAUUUGUCUCAUUCGGCUCCAUUGCCUCACAAAUCAGGGCUGGGUUUUACUCGACUGUUCAGAUCUAACAGCACCUUGAGCCGAUCUCUGUCCACUGGCAGAACUCUCAUGAAAUCUCUUGCUCGCAGGGUGACUAAGGCGGUGGAUUCUGCCAGAGGCUCAUCAUUAUCUGUCUCCAUAGGCAGCACUCUGGAACAGAUGGAGACAAACUACAUGGACUAUCUGCACGAAGCUCAGCAGAGAAUUUUGUGUUGUGCCAAAGCCUGUAGAAACUGGUCAGCGCCUUAUGAUGGGGAGCUACCUCCCCCUGACAGUGACCUGGGCUUCUCAGAUACUGCCUUAACUAAAACAGGUACACAGAGCUCCUCAGUGUCAGGUAAACUUGUGAAUAAUGUCUCUGCUGGUGACUCUACAAAGUCUGCCACCGUCCUUGCUGGCAAUGAAGAAACCUCUGGUAAAGAGAAUGUUAAGGCAGAAGCAGCAGCUAUGAAGGUGGUCUCAGAGACAGCAGUCACCAACUCUCUUCAAGCUGAAGAUACUGUACUUAGGCAGCAGGACUCUGUUCCCACCCCCCACCGUGCCUCUUCCCCUCUCUCUGAUGUAUCUAAGUGUCUAGACUUGGAAUCUUUCCUGGCUUACUUGAACACAGUGGAAGUGCUAUCGCCAUCAACCCCAGAGGAGAUGGAGCGGUACCUGGAAGAACUGGACACCCUGGCUAGUGCUCUACCCAGCCCGUCAGCCAGGACAGAGCACGUUCCAUCUUCCCUUACCCCAAAAGCAGAAGACAAGCAGGUCACUGAUACUUCUCAUCUCACAGGAGACUGUUCUCAGCAGCUACGGUCUGAGGCUAGUCAGAGCAGCAAAGCGAGGUCAAGCACAGCUAGUUCUGACCGGUCCAGCACCUCCAGUGUUGAGGGCUCAGUGAGGCAGCUAAGUUCAGGCCCCUCCCCCACCCCUGUCUCUACCCCAGGGGGCGCAGCAGGGAAAGCUACAGCACGCAGCUCAUUCCUCGGUGCUAAAUAUCCCUCAGGUACACCAAAUAUAGGUCCUUUUCUGAGCGCUUUGUUGACGAAAUUGGAGAGUAUGAUGCAGAACUCCCUGUACGUGAACCUUCUACUGACGGGCCUCAUCUCUCGCCUGGCUUGUUAUCCCAAACCACUGCUACGCUCAUUCCUUCUCAAUCACAAUCUAGUCUUCCAGCCAAGUGUCAAGUCCCUUAUGCAGGUGUUAACCUCAGUGCGACAGAAAGUGGACAACUUUGCCAGUACGCAACCAAACUUUGACGUCCUUCUAAUGCAAGCACGGAAGUUCCUGGCUCUGAGGGAGCAGAUGUACCUGGCAGAGCUGAACGGUGGUCAACCUGAGAGAAGUUCCCCCCAGCUGGUGGGCAAGAUGGGCAGGUCACAGUCUGUGACAGAAUUUGUGAGAGGUGACAAGAGAAGAACAAGCAUCAGUGAUUUGCUAUUUAAGAAGUCCCCUGCAAAGGAUCAGAAAGAUCGUGGUCAGUCAGUGCCCCCUGGUAGCGGACCCGGUAAUCCAGUGCUGGAGAGGAUUGUGGGAGGUGCUGGUUACAGAUUUGUCAACUCUCGGUCACCUGCAUCCAACCUUAUUCCAGAAAACCCACUAGAGUCCCUUAAAACCAAGAAUGCAGUGUUCUGCGCAUUAAUACUGGAGGAAUUUGUGAAAGAACUGGCUUCUCUGGCUCAGGAACAUGCAGUUCUCUCCCUUGAUGAAGGCUAUUCUAGCAGUUAGCAUUUCAUAUGAAAUAAAUAAGAGCUAUUAUUAUUUCAAGGGGUAAAAUCUACAUUCUGCACUGAUACUCAGAUUGGUCAUCCUGAAAGCUAAUUCACAAGUGAAACUUCAGUGAUGGCAGCAUUUGUCUCAAUCUUGUGUGAACAUUUCUCACUAUUGCUUCAGUCAACAGCACAGUGAACCUGCAUGACCACAUGAAUGUGAGAGGGACACUUUUUGUACAAUAUGUACAUGCGUUCAGCAUUUUAAAACUGGCUAUUGACAGUCUCUCUUUAGAAGUGCCACAAGCCACUCCACAAAGUGUGUAACCGCUGUAGAAAAUUUGCUUCAGUGAAAACAGGCCUAGUCAGUGUUAAACUUUGAACUUUUCUUGUUUGACAUCAACGUACCGUUUGUAGACUGAAUAGUCAACCAUCAAUAACCACUCAUUUGUUUCACUAAAUAGGAAAUGAUGCUGUUAUAUUACAGAUGAAGUUUGAACAGACGUUUUGAAGCCUUAAGCCCUACCUUAAUUUGGACUAGUGUAAUACAGGGCACAAUGUGUUUGGAGUGCCUGGUCCUAAACAAUCACAUCCGCCAUGCUGUGUGGAGAGAAACUCCCUAGGUGUCCCUUGUGUCUCUCCAUUCAGACUUCCAAAACUAAGUCUUUGACAUCAAUAUUAAAGAUACAAUGCUACCUCUUUACAUAUGUGUAUGCUGUAAUUGCAGGACAUGACUUUAAAUUCUAAAUUCUUAGAUAAAAUUCUACAAGGUAUGAUUGGUAACUUUCGAUUUACCACUAAGCAUUUGGAAAUGGCCUAUAUAUCUCUCAUUUCUGGUAACAAGGUGUCAAAAUUUUGUACUCCGCAUUCUCACUUUUUUUUUCUCACACAGUCAUUACUUCUGAAAAUUUUGCCUUUCCUAUGAUCUCACCCUUUUGUAUACAUCAGAUCACAGUCAUUUUCCACAUCUAUCACAAGCCUUGGUCUAUUUUUAAACUACAUUAAUUUCUUAUUUCACAUUUAAUGAUACAUGUAAUGAUAUAUUUUCUUAAACAUUGAAAUAAGGAAACCAAGUGAAGAAAUCAAACACCGCUAUGUGUGCAUUUUGAGGCCUGACAACCACACAAGAGACAUUCAGAAAGUGUGUCACAUGUUCUGUCACAAAAAUAUAUAUAAAUCAUACCUUUACAACUUGAUUUUUGUUACUGUGUAUGUACUUGUACAUAGCUUCACUAGAAUUCAUUAGCACUCAAGUAUCUGAUGGAGUAAAGUUUGAACAGAGCUCACACUGGCAUUGUUGUAAGCUUUUUCUCGGGGUGAAUGACAGGGGCUUUAUCAGGUGGAGUAGUUCUGCUGGACUUGUAGAGCCACUUCACAAAACUUCGUAAGGCAGAUUUCUUGUAACUGUCUGCACAAAUGACGUAUACCUUACGCAGCCAUAAGGCAGUGUGGUCUGCAUGGAAAGUGAAGAAAAUAUCCAUCACAAGGUUUUGUGAACGUGAGCCCUGGACACUUUAUGUGUAUUGAAGUGAGUCCUCCUGCACAUAAGCAGCAAUCUCUACUUCAACUCCUGUAGAAUAAAUGUAAAUCUGAUAUUCAUUUGAGAGGACUUUUGUUCAGCUUUACAUGAAGCUUUCAACUGAGGCAUAAGUAAUAUUUGGAUUGCGUUUAAAUUAUUCCUUGUUGAUAAUGUACAUGUAGUUUGUUUUCCUGCCUGUAGCCUUUGUUUGCAUGCAUGUUGAACAUGGUAGACAUGUAAAGUAUGUUGAAGCGUUAUACUGUUAAGUUUUUAGUCUCUGGAAUUGUAAAUUUGUUUUAUGCUGCUGGAUAUUUUUUACUUUGUAAUUAGAAAACAUUACGGUAUAAUUUAUGAUGCUGUAAAAUUGGACUUGUCAUAGUUUAUUUUGUAUUUGGUGAAAUUGUGAUAUCUUGUAACUCUUGUGAACGUAAGAAAAUGUGUUGAAAUCUUUGCAAACUGGGAUUUGUACAAUACUCUGUUUGAUUUACUGUGGAAGAAAAUGUUUUCAGUUGGUUUUGUGAUUUUGUUUUUUUCUACGCACCCUGUUCAGGAAGAGCUAACAGUAGAUUUACAUGAGGUCUCAUUUUCUCAUGUCGGCAUUUGAUUCAAAUACCCUCAGUGGUAGCAAGCCUUGGGAGUGCAUUAUUGUACAUGUCGGCAUUUGAUUUUUCUGGGCCAGUUAGAUUGUAAACUUAAAUAGUAGAUGGUACACUAAAUAGACUGGAUAGUGUACUACAUAGUAUCUUAUUCAGGACAUCUGAAGCAUAUGAAACUCAAUAAUUUACAGUUUUAGUAUCUCUGGUAUUUUACUAGUGUGCUUUUGACAAUUCUGAUCAAGGAUGAUGAUUCAAUUCACAGCCUGUGGUAAAAAUUUUGAAAGAUUUAUAUUGAUGUAGUUUUAGAAACCUGACCAUAAAAUAAAAGAAACAACAAUCUAAGAAAUAAAUAAGUUUACCCGGCCAUUCAUCUUAUUUUGUAGCAUAAUAAAACUGUGUCCACACGUGGUAUACCUGCUCACCCCAGCUUUUUUCAUUAAUACACAAUUUUUG